AUGUCUCGAAACGCGUGCAGGUGCAAGCCGCCGGCUGCCUUCUCCAACCUCUCGGUGGCAGACUGGAAGCGGGUGGGCGUGCCGAUAGAGAUUAAUGGCACAUGGAGCCGCUGUACCAUGUUCGACGUGCCCGACGACUACGAGAGGCGGAAGCCGGUGAGCUGCCGAGACUGGGACUACGAAGACCAUGGGGUCUCGUCCAUCGUGCGCCGCUGGAAUCUGGUGUGCCAGAGGCACUGGUUGGUCUCCAUGGCCGGAACCGUGGACACUCUGGGCGCGUUCGUCGCACCCCCUCUCGCCGGACAGCUGGCCGACGUGGUCGGGCGGCGUCCCGUCGUUCUGGCCGCGGCCCUAUGCUUCGUGAUGGCCGUCGUCGUGGGUCAACUGGCCGGCUCGUUCAACCUGUACCUGUCGUCGACGCUAUUCGCCUCGGGUGGCUCGAGCACCGCGUUUGCCGUGGCCUUCGUGCUCCUCUUCGAAGUGACCGCUUCACCCUCGCAGACACUGUUCUGCACGACGGCGAUCGUGCUCGGCGCAGUAAUCGCCAGCCUGCUGUCCCUCGCGUUGGACGCACUCGUGUUGCUGCCGGCGCAGCUGAUCGGGCCGGCGCCCGCCGGCUGCCUGCUUCUCGUGUGCGCCGCGGCACUCUCGUUUGAGUCCCCGCGCUGGCUGCUCGCCGUCUGGAGGGUGCAGGAGGCCCAGGUGCUGGUCCUGCGCGCCGCCGACUGGAACCGUCAGUCGCACGAGGCGGCUCUGCAGGCGCUCGGCAGGGCCACCGAAUCCAUGAAGCUGCAGAAGCAGAACGUGUCGAAGUGCGGCGCGGCCACGCUGCUCGACCUGGUCGCCUCGCACGCGCUGCGCCUGCGCGCAGCCGUCGCGCUCGGCAUAUCCUUCUCGCUGGUGCUCACCUGGCAGGCGCUGAGGCUCGACGCGGGCUACCCGGAGCACAAGUGGGCCAGGAGACUCGGCCUCGCUCUAUUCUACCCCGCCUGCGUACUGACGUACCAGGGCAUGACCAGUGUGGGCAGGCUUCGGGCGUUGUGCGUGCUCAUGCUCCUCCUCGGGCUGGUUUGCUGCCUCCUGGGCGUGCUCCAAGCCGUUGAGCCCCGCGCAAUGGCCUCGACGCUGCUGAUGCUGGCGAACACGUGCGCCUCCGCCGCGCUCAUGGUCAACUUCUUGUGCGUGGCCGAGCUCUUCCCGACCGUGGUGCGGUCCCUCGCGUUCGGCGGUGCCAUCUCGGCGGGUCGCCUCGGAGCGUCUGUGGCGCCGGCGCUGGCUGCGUUCGCUCACCGCUACGGCAGGGAGGACUUGGUCCACGUCCUGCUCGGCGCAAUGGCAUUUGCGAGCACCCUGUCGAUGAUGGGCCUCCAAGAGAGCUUCUCUGCCCGGCCUACCGACACUCUCAGGGACGUGGAAGCCCAGUCGCUCAGAAAGCUGCGCAGGUCUGCUAGGAUGAGUCGAGGACUGCACUAGACCAUUUUUUUCGCUCCUUCCUUUGUCCAGCUGUGUGGUAUGCAAAAUAGCCCACAUACGCAACAUGCCUGGAAAGGCGCCGAUUGGUUCUGGGACUCCUUGUUUUAUUGUGAUAUAACUUUAGAUUGUGCCAUUUCUUGGCUAUGACCUUACCACGCUAGGCAGCGUGUAAACUGCCCUGAAAUAAUUCUAGUUGUAUUUUCUGUACGUAACGGUCGCCUUUUCUAUUAGUAUUUUUUAUUAUAUUCAGGUAUUUGUUUUCCGUUCGAAAUACAUUCUUUCAUAUUCGAAGCCGCUUAUCCCGCUGUGUGAUUUGCAUGUGCCUUGCCAGUGGCUCUAGCCGUGCAAAAGAGGCCUGUCGGUGAAUCGAAAGUUGGCUU